GCGUUGCGCUCUCGCCUCUGCUGGCGUUCAGCAAGCGCCACCCCGCCCCGUCCCUCCACCUCCAUCUCCACCUCCAUCUCCACCUCAACGGAUAGACGAGAGAGGACACUGACCCCGCGUUUGCUCUCGCCGUCCUCCCCUGGUCAGGACGCCGGCAUCGCGCCAUCUGAGGCACCGCGAGGCGCGCGGCGCUCGUCCGCUCUCGUCCGCCGAACGACCGCGCCGCGUGACGCUCGGCGCCGGGUCCGUCCGCUCGCUUGCCGCCCCCCACCCGCCCUCCCCGACAGAGAAGAGCGUCGCCCCCUUGGAAGCCGGAUGAAUGAUCGGAGAGUUGUGAACAAGUGCGAGAAGAAAGCUGAGGCUCCCCAUCCGCCUCGUCGCUCCGUCGCGGGAAGGCAAGACUCAGCCACGGUUGUAGGCGACCAUGGAGAGGACGUCCCUGUGUGUUCCGAUUGUUAUUUUACUCAUGCAAUGUUUCCCCUCCCUUCCUGUCACCGUGUCGACCAACAAACAAAAGGUGGAGGUGCACGAGUUCUCAGAUGCAGUGCUGUCCUGCAUUUUCCGCACUGAGAGGGACCAGAAUCCACGCAUCGAGUGGAAGAAGAAGGGCAAAGAUGUUUCUUUUGUUUACUUUGAUGGACACUUCCGAGGUCCAUUUGAGGAGCGGGCAAGCAUCGAUGGGGCCACAGUGACAUUGCGCAAGGUGACCCAGGAGGAUGCCGGCGAGUACCGCUGCGAGAUCAGCGCUCCUUUUGAUUCUGUCAAUUUGGGCGAGACCAACGUCACACUCAGAGUCUUAGUUCCCCCCAAUACACCGGCCUGCGAAAUCCCGAGUGCGGCAGUGACGGGCUCUGCUGUGCAGCUGCGCUGUAGGGACCAGCAAAGCAUCCCCCCCGCUACAUACGCCUGGUACAAGGAUGACCAGCUGAUGAUCCCCCUACGCCACGCCAACGCCACCUAUCUUAUCAACACACAAACUGGAUUACUGGAGUUCAAAGCUGUGGCUAAAGAGGACAGUGGCCGUUACAGCUGCCGGGCUUCCAACGGGGUGGGAAAGCCCACGAUGUGUGAGGGCAGGCACAUGACGAUAGAGGAUGUCAAUGUCACGGCUGUGGUGGUGGCAGUGGUUGUAAUCUGCCUGGUGGUGCUGGUCUGCGGAUGCGGGGGGUUCCUGAUGCACCGUAAUGGCUUCUUCACCCAAGGACACAGAGGAAGGUCAUUUUGGAUCUCCGAGUGUCACGGUGCCGCUCACAUCAGCAGCCAAAACCUGAACAGAACUGAGGACACGUCCAAUGUCAACUAUAUCCCUCCGCCCCAAGAACCACAGGAUUUCAAACACACGCAGUCAUUCAUGCUCUGAGAAGCUGGCCUUCCUUUUGACAAGACAUCAAUCACCCUGUUGAUAAGGUGCCAAUACUGGAUUCUGGAUUCAUUCUCAGCCUUGCGGACUCUGAAUGAGCUCUUGAUCUUCCAAUUAUAUGCUCAUUUUUGUAAUUAACUAUUGUUUGGGGGUGCAGGCACUGACGGGCCAAUUUGACACUUGCAAGGCGUUUAUACUCUUGCUUGGUUUUGUGUGAGUAGCCUGUUCAAUUCUGCUUAAUAAUGUGGACAUACAGUACAGAUACUACACUGUAUUCUGAUGUCGUUCUGCUACCCCCUGCUGGCCAAUGUUGGAACUGGUAUUUUUCCCAAAUUUGGUUUCUACCCUAACAGGCCAAUUUUUUUAAACUAUACCUAUGUUUUCAUUUACCAAAGACUGACUCCCUUAUGAAAUUCUGAUGCAUUAAAACAAUCCUCUUAAGGUGAUGCACCACUGCAUUGUCAAUGUUUUGAAACAAAACAAAAAAGCCAUUUACCUCAGUAUUGCUCCACUCUCCAUUCUGUAACACUGUGGCCUCAGUGUUCCAAAGGCCACAUGUUCCACUGUGUUAAUAGUUACAACAUAAAACCCAGCCCAGGAAAAUAAGUCACUCUAGCCAUUUAUGAAGACCAAUCCCACUCCAUCCUAAUGUGCCUGCAUGGUCUUUUUUAUAUAUACAUUAUUAUACCUUGUGCCUUUUUUUAUUUGUCUAUUUAUCAAUGGAUGGGUUUUUGUAAAAAAAGAAAAAAAAGAAAAAGCCUUACUUUUUUCUGUCUUUAUAUUCUUUGUGCCACUGUUAAUCAAAAGGUGUGUCUGUUUUUAGACAGUAAAUGGAUUGUUCAGAGUUUUAUUUGAAUGUUGUAUCAGUCAUUAAAAAAAGGUUUUCUAUUUAAAA